AUGCCAAGUUCACAGGGGUCGCGCAGUGCAGCUCGAACGCCGAUGAAGUCAGCCAGUGCUCCGCAGCUGGAAGGAACCCUAAACGCCAGCAUCCGAAAAACUCUGCGAAACCGUGGAGAGAACGACUUCGGCAUGGUCGUAGGUCAUAAUUCCAGUGCCGCGGAUGACGUGUAUGUUCCGAGGGCCAUGUGGUCGGACACGGCUGACAAUCCUUUGAAACAGGCUGGCAACAACUGGGAUGCCAGGGCCUUUGUGGAAGAGGAGAAGAAGAGAGAGCAGCACAGAUUGGCCAUGAAAGAUUAUUAUCGACGAGAGCUGGACAAACAGCUGGAAGAGAACAAAGCUUUCAGGUGCUCCACCUCUGAGCAUCAAUCGUACGAUGCCAUCGUGGUGGGUGGAGGCUUUGCAGGGCUCGCUGUGGUAGCACAGCUUGCAAAGAGCGUGAGGCGACGUAGCCUCCGUCUGCUCCUGGUGGAGCAGGGCCGGGGUUUUGGAGGCCGGGUUUGCACCAGGCGCAGGGAACAACACAACGGAAACCUCCUCUCCUUUGAUCACGGCUGUCAGUUCUUUACGCCGAAGGCUUCGCAGCCCCAUUUUUCAGAUGCCUGCCGGGCCUGGCAAGACGCCGGGGUGGCGGGUAUUUGGAAAGGAGCGAUCGGGACACUGACCUUGACCGGAUCCGGCUUUCACAAUGCAGACUUCGAGCCCUUCGAUUCAGCAAAAGUACCUUUGGUAGGACUACCGACGAUGAGUGCGAUUGGUAAGCACAUCAUCCGCGAAGCCCAGAGCAGUGCCAUUGAGUUUCGAUCCUGCACAGGCUCCAAGGCUGCAAAGGCUUCUUGGGAUGAUGCAGCAAAGGUUUGGACUUUGCAAGUUAACUCGGACCCGGUACAAACAUCCGUCUUGGCAGUUGCCACCAGUGCACGGAGCUGUGUCCGCUUGCUGGGAGAGGCUUGUGCCAGUGGCCGUGAGGCAUCCAAAGUAGAGUCCAACGUUUGUUGGGCGCUCCUCGUGGCGACUUCUGAGCCCUUGUCCAACCUUGCGUGGGAUGCUGCAGUGGUGGGCGGCCCGGGCUGCUUCGCCUGGGUGAGCCGCAACAGCUCCAAACCUGCCAGGCCCAAGUCUCCGUCUCCCGAGUGCUGGGUGCUGCAUGCUUCUCCGGAUUGGAGCAACCCACGAGCAGAACUGGAGAAAGGAGAGGCCCAAGGCUUGCUGCUGGAAGAAUUCUGUCGUCACUUCGGAUGCUCAACCGAAGAUGUGGUUUAUGCCGAGGCCUUCCGUUGGAACAACGCCUUUCCCUUGAAUCCUGCGCGACUUCCGGAGAAGUGUAUCGUGGAGCCGGGCCGGAGGCUUGUUGCGGGAGGCGACUGGGCGGUCGGAGACCGAGUAGGCGACGCCUUCGAGUCGGGAGUCGCCAUGGGGAAAGCCGUGAACAGCCUCUUGGGGCUUCUGCUUUUGGAGUGCGUUCACCCCAUUGUGACUCAUUCGUACUGCCCUCCGGCACCCAGGCAAGCCAAGAACAGCGAAUUCGAGGAUAUGGCUAAGACCGUCACUGCAGAUUCUUUUAACAAGCAGCGGCGGACUCAGAUGGAGAAGGACAACGAGUACGAGAAGCGCAUGGCUAUGCGCAAGGGCCUGGACGAGCAGAUGGCCUUGAUUGAACAACGGGCCAAAGAAGCGCGACUCCAGGAUCUCAUGGAGGGGGCCGAGAUCAAGGCACGGAGCAUCCAGCUCCUGUGCGAAGACCUCGAUGCCCAGAAGAAGAGACGAGAGGAGCUCAAGAAGCAUGGAAACGAAACGCUUGAAGCUAUUGCGCGCAGAGCGACGAAUAAUAGCAACGAGAAGCAGAUGGAGAAAGAUGAGCUGAAUGCGCGAAUGCGCGAGCAGCUGCUUCAGGAGCAGUACCGACUCGCAGCUCAGCAGGAGAGGCUGAAGGCCGCACAGCGCACCGCCGAUGCCAAGGAGGCACGCUACUUCGCAACGGCCGGCCGUGACUUGGAGGAACGGUAUCAACAUGAGAGCAUGCGGCAAGAUCGCGACGAGAAGCAGUACAAUCUGCGAUUACAGCUGCACUAUGCAAGGCGAGACGCAGCGCGGAAGAAACAGCAGGAGAAAGUGCUGCAGGGCAUGCGCAUGCAGCAGGGUGCCGCAGACAACUCCCGAGAGCUGGAUCGCAUGGGGAAGGAACGCGAGCGCGAUGCAGUGAAUGAUGCCGUCCGACGUGCGGGGGAGGCUGAAGGGGCGAAGCUGCGUCGUCAGCGGGAGGCCGAACUUGCUCUGCAAGCCGAGCAUGCAAAGAUGAUGCUCCUAAAGCAACAACGCGAAAAGGCGCAAGCAGACUGGCCGCGACCACGGAUCACCCCGGGCUGCUCCAUGGCCAUUGACCAAUCCUUCGUGGACAUGACGGAAGCGCGUGCCAAGGGAGCCACGGUUCCAAAGUCAUACAAGCCCAUGCACCAGGUGGAUGCAGCAAAAGACCUCAGCAAGCCGCUUGGGGCGCCCCGCGUCAAACCCUGGGUGGACCUCGCCAAGAGCUACGGCCCUGGAGGUGUCAACGGUGUCUUCAUGGGGGAUGGUCGUACGAAGCAGAGCCUGAUGGCAACCGGCGGAUGCCGACGCAUUCUGACGGAGGCCGCGGCUGGCAAGACCUGGUCCGAAGGAAUCGGGGCAGAGGACAUGAAGGCCGGUGAGCAGGCAGCGCUGCAACGCCACCAUGCCAAUCUGCUGGACAAGACCGUUGCCGUUCUCUCCGGCCUCCGGAAUUCUGACCCCGAGCAGGAGCAGGGAAGCCUAGUGGCAGCCGUGGUGGUGGCGAUAGCUGGUCUGCUUGCCUUGCAAUCCCUGCGACGACGGCGAGAGUUGCAGGAUGUAAUGUCAAGGACAGAUGGCGAUGUCCAAAGUCUGUUGGCGCCAGACCGGGGUUUGUCACGGAAUCAGGUAAAGUCGGGCGCACCGACCGCAUCGGAGGUUUUCGACUACGAGACAUUGGAGUCCGGAAGCUUCAAACAUGAGCAUACCUUCCAGGACUGGACGAGCCUGGAGUCCAUUGCGGCCAGUGCCAACAUGGAUGCAUCACUCUCUAAUCCCGAGUUCUGCGGACUUGCGCACGAACUGCUGACGCAUGAUGGCUUGAUUGUACUUCGAUUGGAAACUGUGAAGCGCUUCGCCAAGCAAGGCAGUGAUGGCUUUCAGGCGAUGCUGGAUCUUGUCUUCCCGUCUGGUACCACGCUCAUCCUUCCGCUGCCGGACAACCAUGUAAAGCGCAGCAAUUCCCGAAUCUCAACUUUUCAUUUGGACGAGGUCCCUGGGAAGAGCUUGAGCGAGGCGAAACAUUUGCUGGUCAAUGUGUGGUUCCCAUGCCCGUCUUGCGAAGUCGGCUCCAAGCGCCUCGCGGUCGGAAGAGGACGCGCCUUUCGUGACAUCGCGCACGCGGAGAAGUUGAAAGUUUACGGACCCGGUCCUCGAAUCCCGCGAUCGCAGCCAACGGUGAAUUACUGCCUGUCGCCGGAAGGUACUGAGAAGCUUGCUGUGGCCGGAGAUUUGGCGUUCACGCCGGAGCAGUCUUUGGCUGUGUUCAUAUCUGGCACCACAAGCACUCUGCCCAUACCGAUUUGUCCACAUGCUGGAGCUUUACCUGGUUCCAGCCAAGAGUUCCGGUAUCACGUCUACGCCAGGUCAAUCCACACAUUGGAGGAGCUCUUGCCGUUGACUUUGCAAGCCUUGCGUCGCUCCGGCCCUGGCUAUGUUGGCGGCGCAGUUGGUUUCACAGCAUCCAGUGGGGCAGCACGGUCCAAAAUCUCUACCCCUUGCUGGGGGGCCUCGAACUCGAGGGGGACAACUCGCACAACCUUCUCCGCACACUCAAGCGGAGUGGCUACCGAGUUGGAGUGUUCUGCGAGUUCAGGGAUUACUUCUGCGGGGAGCAGGAGGAGCUGGGGCUGGCGGAUGACGUUUUUCCGCUGA